AACGGCCGGCGGCGGGAGACGCAGCUUUCAGUGCGAUGCUGCUGCCGGAGCUGCUGCUACUCGGCUUGGCCGUCUCCCUGGCGGAUAGUUACGACCGGAGUGUCAACUACUGGGAAGCCUUUGCGCCCGGCAAGCUGCUCCAGCGUCUGGACGCGCUCACCGUCAGCGAUGUGGAUCAAUCGAAGGUGGCCAGGCUGCCUGAGAUGAUGCAACCCGUCCUGGCAGCCACCAAUCAAGCGCAGGCUAAGGCGGAUGAGGAUGUGGACUUGGAUGUGGAUGUCGAGGCUGAGGCUGAGGCGGAUACGGCCGACGAGGACGACGUGGACAGUCACAGUGCGGAGGCCAGCCACGAGGGAUUCUCCGGCGAGGAUUACGAGCGCAACUACGAGCAGUUCGUCAAGGAGUACUUCGAUCGGGCUGCCGACAACCACGAUCUCGACCACGACGACGACGAGGAUCUGGAGGAGGAGACACAGGCGGAGGCCACCAAUGUCAAGGACCAGCGCUGUCGACGGGUCAAGCGGAAGGAUGGCCAGCUGUGCGAGAUCUGCCGCCAGUUGAAGAACAACGAGGUGUCGGAGACGUGCAGCUACUCGCAUGACGAUCAGCCGGAGCAGUAUGCUUAUGGCAGUGGCACCCAGUUCAAGCGCUACCGCAACGAUCCCGCCGAGAAGAAGGAGAAGGAUGGACAAGAAGGGGCGGCUGAGCCGGUGGCACCCAGCAGCCUGUGCGUUCGCCGCCAGCAGGAGAACAGUGUGUGCUACGAGUGCAAGGACAGCAAGGGCCAGAAGAUCGAGCGCUGCUACGAUGUCCAGGCCCGCAAGGCCAAGACAAGCAAGAAGAAGAAGGCGUCGUCCUCGUCCUCGUCCUCGUCAACUCCCACCGCUUCACACAAACGGAAGCCGCGUUCCCAGCAGUCCCAGCAGUCGGAGCAGGAGCAGCGCAUCUACAAGCGCACCAUCAGCUACAGCUAUGCCCAGGGCACGGAUCAGCAGCAGGAGGAGCAGCCUCCUCCAGAUGGAACAACAACGGAUCUGCCGGUUCCCCGCCAACGUCGCCGGCGGCUGGUGAAGAUUACUCGCCGACGCGGACCGGUCCGAGUCCAAUGAUCUUGUUCUGUUUCGUUUUCGUAUCGCCCAACUCAUUGUAUCCCCCACUCACUAGCUUAGACUAAUUAUUACACACGUUUUUUGUUACAAUAAACCAUUUUAUAAGACCACGUUGCAUACUUGUCGGCUAAUCAGCUAGCAAAGAUUAAAAAUGAAAAGAGAAUGAAACUAAACACUGUUUAAGAUUAGGAUCCUAAAAGGUACAAUUUCAGAAGUUUUCAAAAAUGCUUUUGAAACCAUAAAGGAAGGUCCAAAAUAUGGAAAACGCAGUAAUAAAUUGUAAGGAUUUCCUGCUUCGCAAAAAUAUAUUUUAAAUUUCCUAACAAUACAAUAAUUACAAGAAAUUGUAUAUGAAAUAAAAUAUCAGGCCAAAUUGUAAUACGAAGAUAAAUAUGUAAAGAUUUGCGAAUUGAAAGGUAAAAUAUAUUCCUUUUCAAAAAUACAGAACAAAUUUAAAACCUAAGAAUUGUGUAACAAAAAUAUGAUAUAUGGAAAAUAAAAAUGUGGCAACG